GUUUUCAUUAAAUUUUUACCAUUUUUAGUGGUCUAGCGGUAAUAUUAACAAUUGUAAAUCGUCAUAGCUAUCAAAUGUGUAAAAAAGUUUUAUCGUUUUUAUCGAUAACUUUUGAUUCGAUUUUGAUCGGCUCAAUAAAUUCAGAUGUAAAUAUAAGAAGUGAGUAUGAUUUACAGUCUGAGAGAGGUGGAGAAUCUUUCAAACUGUGUAUCAGAAAUGUCUAUUUUUGGUCUUGUUUCUUCUGUGCCAAAAGAAUAGGUCUUCUAUCGGAUAGGCUCAAUAUUUAUUGGUGGAUGAAUGUAAUAAUUAUUUAGGUCAGUAUCAUUGAUUUCUUGAUUUUCUAUUAUUGUUCUCCUAAUCUCCUGAAUUUGAUUUUUCAGGUUGUGUAAUGUCCAUAAUGUUUGAAAUCCUGUAAUUGUUACGAAAAAGAUUUAGUAAUUUUUUGGUUUCAUUGAGUAUAAGGAUAAUUUGCUUUGACAUUCGUUCGAUGAAUUAAUCAUUCGAGUUAUUUUUGAUACAAAAGAUGGCGCUUUUUACUAUCAGCGCCAUCUAAUAUUGAGCAGGAAAAACUCAACUUCAAAAUUUCAACAUUACAUUUUUCCAGAUCGUCAUCUCUAUUCAAUAGAGUCUAUUGUUGUCCAAGUAGUGUUGGCCGAUCAAGCAAUUCAAGUCUGAUCGAUUUUCUUAGUCAUAGAAAAAAGAUAAAUCGAUUUUGUCGAUUUCAUCGAUUUUAUCGAUUUCAUCGACUGUUCGAUCGUUCGGUUGUCCGAUCGUAAGUUUAUUAAAUUGACAAAAUACAAGAAAAGACGAGUUUAAAUGUAAAUAUCAGGCAAUGAGUCAAGAAAAGAUAGCAAUUCAACAUUUUUAGGCUUCAAUCCGUUCCGUUGCUCAGUGAUUAAUAAUCCAAUUUUUGAAAAUAAGCGUUCACACGGUAGUGAAGGGGCUUGCAUAGUUAGAUAUUUCAAUGCUAGAUUGUGUGAUUUCAGAAAAGGUUAGAUCUUCUGAUCUUUAAAUCGUCGAAAUCAAAAAAUUAAAAAACUAUUGCCGUUUGAUUAAUCAAAGGAUUCUAAAGUAGCCUUUCCUGGUUAAAUCGAUCUCUUCAUUUUCUUGAUCGAUCUGAAACAGAGGAGCCGAUUGUCGAUUUAAAUCGAUUUACGAUUGAUCAUAACCCAACGCUAUGUCCAAGUCUUUGGUUGAUCUCCCCUCAAAAUGUGUUGGUAGUAGUAAUGUUAAUUACUACAAAAUUUUGUUGCUUGGAAUCAAUCACAUCUCUAGAUCGGAUCAUCUGCAAGCUGUGAAUCUUCAGGCUUAAGCACUAGUCGAUCUUACGAUGUUUCUCAAUCAACUUCCAGACGAAUGUUUGCUCAUCAUUUUUAGAUUGAUGAAUGACUUGGAUGAUUUGUUAAACUGCUAUAAAGUAUGCAGCAAAUGGCACCAUUUAAUUGAAGAGCGAACUAGAAAAGUUAAAUAUCUGGUUGGAAAUGAUGGUAACUGGCCAAAUGAUGAAAAAUUUCCUAGUUGUACGCUUGAUUAUGUUUACUACCGAUCAGAGGAACCAAUUGAUGCAACUUGCUUGAGCACAUUAUUUCCUAAUUUAAACAUUGGCGACUUUUCUUAUGGAUUCCGUAAAAAAGUAAAAUAUGAAGAUAUUGUCACAUUGGUCAAACAGAUGAAAUCUUUAAAAGGAUUGAUUCGUGAAUUUUAUGACACAGAUUACCCAAUUCUCCAGCACUGUGAUCAACUCGAAAUGGUAUCCUCUGAUUACAUUGAGCCAUGCAUGGAAAAGAGUGGUGUAAAUAUUAAACAACUGCACCUUUGGAGUUAUACUCUAGAUCUAUUCAAAAGAGAUGCUCAUUAUUUCCCAAAUCUUGAAAGACUAUCUAUUUAUAAUAAUGCAGGCAGGCCAGAUGUUCUUUACGAUGGUCCCAUAUUGAGAAAACUUAAAAUAGUUGAAUUGGCAUUAUCUUCUUACCAUAGUACAGACAUUUAUUAUGGUUUCCAGUUCAUGGAUUCAUGUCCAAACUUACAAAGUGCACACAUAAAUCUGGAUGCCGAUCGUAUUAAUAUUUUUUUUGAAUCAAUAAAACACGAACCUUUGCGAGAUUUAGUUAUAGAAUGGUAUGAUCCUGAUUAUGCUGAUAGUGUCAACUGGGAUGAAUUCAAACGAUUGUUCAUGAAAUAUCCAAAUCUUAAACAUCUUUCACUGGUGGGCAACAAGAGCUUGGAUGAUGACCAUGUUGAGCAAUUGGUUCGCAUUUUACCCAAUUUGGUGCUAUUUGCUGUUCGUGAAUGUAGAAGAGUUACUCAAAAGGCUGCUGAUUAUAUUCAAGAUUAUAAUAAACUAUAUGGACGAUCAAUCAAGUUUUAUUUUGAUGAGAAUUACAAUGAAAUCCGAUCAGAUUUUCCUCAGUUAUUAACUAAAUAUGUAAAAAUAAGUGAAGGUUUCGAUUUCAUGAAACAUUGUUUUCUCAAACAUUUUCAUAGCCUUUCUACUUUUUUAAUUUCUGAUGAAGACUAAAUAACCAAAUGCACACAUUUGACUAUUUUUAUCUUAAUCAUAACUCAAAAUCUAAUAAAAAUUAGGACAAAUGACUUAAUUGUUAGUCAGCUAUAGUUUUUCAAUUGUCAAAUUCAUUAAAAGGAAAAAGAUCACUGAACCACUUAAUUUUAAUUGAAUUCCAUGCUCAUCUAUCAAAUCAAAACUCUGAUUUCCCAUUAGUUAUUGCUUAAAAUCAAAAUAUGUUGACUUCCUCACAAACAUGAUUACAUAUGAUGACUACUACUGUAUUAAUUAUGCUCAAACAUUUGGAAUCUGAAACAUCAGUGUGAGUAUCGUUAUUAGCAAGGUAAGUCAUUGCAUAGUUGAACAGACACUUUUCAUCAAUAGCUCUCUGCAAUACAAUGUCUAUAUAUGGCUCAAUAGGAAUUGGCAAAAAAUGAAAGGAAAUCAAAACCUUUCGAUUCACUCGCUAUAUUUCUUGGCUCUAUACGAUUAUCCAAUAACAUUCUUGAAAUAAAAUAUGAUUUCAUUGAUGAAAAUACGAUAUAACGAAAUUUAAUCUUGUGAACAAACACGAAUUCAUUUUUCAUAGCAUCACGAUAAAAUAAACUCUAAAACUUUGUAAAGCUAACUGAGCGUGAAUUUGAUCUCGGAGCACAGAUUAAAUAUUAUCAGCUUAAAGUUCUAAUCUGUAGCUUUUCAAUGCUACCAAAUUUGUGUACUCUACCUUUAACUGUCUUGGUCGAGUUGACCAAAGAAUUUCGUUGCAUAGAUUAUUAUAAUAGUUUUGGUAAAAUGCAAAAAAGAUUACAUUAAAAUGGAAAUAUGGAUUGAAUGCAUCGGGAAUUCUUACCUUAAGCUUUAAAGCAAACAAAGUUGUGUUGAAAGGAAAGCAUAACUUAAGGAACUGGAAUCAAGAUUUCGCAAGGCACAUGUUCAAAUCCUAGAUUCUUUGUUCUGUUUAAUUCUGCUCUAUUCAGUGAGAUAUCUUUAGGUUCAUUUUGUUUAAUAAUCUUCACCGAGCAAUUCCAUUUCAUCUUAAUGAUUCUUUUGUAUCUUCCAAGUGCUACCCUUUAGCCCUUCCAUCUAGUUAUUUAUCUCAAAUUUGAUUAAAAGAUUCAAAAUUGAUGAAACAAGGGCGAACCGAUCAGAGCCAGGUGAGUUAGCACUUCAUUAAAUUAACCAGAGAGUUUUAAAGUUUGAUCUUAAAAGUGUUGAAUUUACUAUUUCAAUAAGAUUUUGUUGUUAAAUUGACUCAACAAUCCAACAACAGUUUUGUAUUGGUUUUUAAUUCUUAACACUAAAACACGUUUAUUCACAGUUUAUGCAAUAGACAAGAACCGACUCUAGGAUCUGAUUCCGUUUUUAGCCAUUGAAUAGUCACUUCAACUCUCACCAAUCAUCAUUAUUUUUUAAAUUUAAAUCAUCAACAGUUAAACAGAGAACUAAAAAGGUAGACCCAAAAAUCAAAAUCUUUUUAAUCAUCAUCAACAUUUCUUUUCCAAUAAUCAACAUCGAAUCACCUUCACACCAGCAUCUGUUUGGAUUAAAAUGAAUGUUUUCACCUCAAAAAAUGUACUUCAUUGAGCCUUGACUUUUAUCGCACAGGGAAACUUAUUUUACAAGGUAAGUUGGUAAAAUAUUUCUUAUGGUACAUUACCUAUGUGGAUAAAUUAUAAGACUUUUGUUAUUUUUUUUGACAAGUUACAGCUACACAUGAACUUGUGAUAAACCAGUAACGUAUAGCAUUGAAAUAACGUUGGUAACUAACAUGAAUAUAAAAGUUGUCAGUUUUCUUGACGUUGAUCAUAAAGUUGAAAAAUAUUCGCAUGUGUCCCUUAAUUGUAUUUACUGAACCAAAAAAGAUUUUUCUAUUAUCAAAUGAAUGGUCAAAAGUUGAAGGGAAUAUUCAAUUUCAUUGUUAAAUAAUACUUCAGUUAUUGAACACUAAGCUGAGAAGAGCAAUGAGCGAUUGGUAGUAAAAGACUGAUACUCAAUUGAAUGAUAGAUUGCAAUUUCCAUUGUAUAUACUCAUAUUCCAAUACUCUAUGCAGAAAAGAGGCCUUUGACGAAACCAAUGCUGUGUGUAGUUCCAGAUGGUUACAUAGUUGAUUUGUUUCAUGGUUUCGCUGCUACUGAUAAUGAUGCAAGAAUCUUGAAUAAUAUCCUGAUGGUAUCCUGAUAAUAUCCUAAUAAUAGUAAUGUUUUAUCUAAUCUUCCAGCUGUUGAGUAAUUCAUCAACAGAAACAAUUGAUAAAAUGAGGAUAUUACAAAAGUUACAAUGAAGUCAAUCAAAAUAAAGCAAAACAAAAGUAAGGUAACCCAAAAGCUAAUAAAAUGUGACAACUUGUGGAGUUUAUUCAAUGUUAUCUUUUUCCAUAACACCCACUUCUUCAUGAUUUUUUAUACGUAAUCAUUUUUAGUAUUUUUUUAAAAAGUAAAGAAGAAGAAGAGACUGCGAUUAAUAAAAAUCCGAUUUUUUUCCGUAUAAUAGCAAAGAGUAAAGAAACUCUUUCUUUACUCUUUGAUUUUUUCACAUGUUUCAGCAAUAAGCAGCAUCAACAAUACACUAGUCCAUAAUUGAAACUUGAAAAUAGGGAAAAAUAAUUCAAGGUUAUCAUUUUCAACUCAUAGGUGAAUCACUGUGAAUCGAAUGGUUCUCUGAUCAAUUAUGGAUAUUGAUGGGUGUUUAUCGAAUCUGGAACAAAAUACAGAUGUUACCUUUUAUACUGGAAUCGACGAGCCGUCAUUGUUAUCACCUUUAAUGUCAUUACAGUCGUUGCCCAAUCUUGAUCCAAAUUAUGUUGAAAAUUAUUUAGAUAAAGAGGUUGGUAAAGCAUUGGAUGUGGGCCAGAUAUUUUCCCAAGCUAUUGAUGCUUAUUUUUCUUCAACCCAUGAUACCGAUGUAACUGGUCCAUUGUCAA